AGUAGAGCGCCCAGCCGGGUGGGCUGAGGGACAGCGGUGGCCUGGAGGCCGAGGAAGUUCGGGCCACCGCUGGCCGUACUGCGAUCGGGAACCAGGCUCAAGCCCUGAGGACCAGGGGACGAGAGGUUCCGUUUACCGACACCCGCGCCGCGGGCCCGCUGCCACCGUCUUGAGUCCUCUUGCCUGGAAAAGUGGUUAAGCUUUUAAAAUGUCAUCUGUAAAGCACCUAGUUUAUGCAGUUAUUCGUUUCUUACGGGAGCAGAGUCAGAUGGAUGCUUAUACUUCAGAUGAACAAGAAAGUUUGGAAGUUGCAAUUCAGUGCUUGGAGACGGUUUUUAAAAUCAGCCCAGAAGAUACACAUCUAGCUGUUUCACAGCCUCUAACAGAAAUGUUCACAAAUUCCUUCUGUAAGAAUGAUAUUCUGCCACUCUCAAACUCAGUGCCUGAAGAUGUGGGAAAAGCUGAUCAAUUAAAAGAUGAAGGAAAUAACCACAUGAAAGAAGAAAAUUACGCUGCUGCAAUAGAUUGUUACACACAGGCAAUAGAAUUGGAUCCAAAUAAUGCGGUUUAUUAUUGCAACAGGGCUGCUGCUCAGAGUAAAUUAGGUCACUACACGGAUGCAAUAAAGGAUUGUGAAAAAGCAAUAGCAAUCGAUUCAAAGUACAGCAAAGCCUACGGGAGGAUGGGGCUGGCCCUCACUGCCAUGAAUAAAUUUGAAGAAGCAGUUACAAGUUAUCAAAAGGCAUUAGAUCUUGACCCUGAAAAUGAUUCCUAUAAGUCAAAUCUGAAAAUAGCAGAACAGAAGUUAAGAGAAGUAUCCAGUCCUACAGGAACUGGAUUGAGCUUUGACAUGGCUAGUUUAAUAAAUAAUCCGGCCUUCAUUAGUAUGGCAGCAAGUUUAAUGCAGAAUCCUCAAGUUCAACAGCUAAUGUCAGGAAUGAUGACAAAUGCCAUUGGGGGACCUGCUGCUGGAGUUGGGGGCUUAACUGACCUGUCUAGCCUUAUCCAAGCGGGACAACAGUUUGCUCAGCAGAUACAGCAACAGAAUCCUGAACUUAUAGAACAACUGAGAAAUCACAUCCGGAGCAGAUCAUUCAGCAGCAGCACCGAAGACCAUUCCUGACUUGACCGAGGACCCUAGCCCAGAAUGCAAAUGGUUAUGGCUCUGAAGCGUUUGCUAUAGAUAGUGGCCAAAAAACAAAAACAAAAAACCUAAAGAAUAAAUCUGUCUAGACAAUAAGUUUAUCACAGACUUGAACAUAAUAUAACACCUUUGUAAAUGAAUGAUCAGUAGCCUUGUUAAGUGCCAGUACACACUGGACAGGGUACCAUUUUCAAAUCAUCAUCAUGUUUGUACAUUAGACUUAAUAGCAGGGUAUAUUGAACAGUAAGGCCGUUAGUUGGUGAGUUCUCUAGCUCCGAAUUCCCUUAAGCAGACUUUUGAAAGGGGAGGAUGACUAAGAGGAAAGGUUUCUCAUGCUGGGUUAGAAGAAAUGUACUUGCCAGAAUGGCUGGAGAGAAAUUUGUUAUCUAGGUUUAGCUUCAAUAAUGCUAUCAGUAAUGAAUAGAUAUCAUAGAGGCCAGUACUAUCAGUAAUGCUGCUUGUUCUGAUGUGUGACAGGGAAUCCUAGGAUCUGGUGGAAAGCAGCAUUUGGUGGAAGGGCUGUUUUGAAAAGAAUAAAUAGAUGCUGUGACUGUGUAAAAAUUGAAGGUAGGUAGGAUGCUCAGGUUUUCUGCAUAGUUCUUAACUUAUCUUGCCUGCAGUUUUGUAUUGAUAACAUUAGCAUGGCCAAUUAUGCUAAAUGCAGAAUAAAAUACAUUUAGAAAUCCUUAAUGGUACUGCUAGGUCAGUUGUGUAACUAUUCGGUUUAACUAGCACAAUUUUUCCAGUGGUGACCUUACCAUGGAAACUCUCAAAUAUAUAUAUAUUUAAGUAAGCCUAUGACUUGGCUCUUGACUUAAGGAUUUUCUAAGUGGUGUUUAAUUAUGUACCCAUAAACACUUUUUUUUUUUAAACUCAGUAAUUAUUUAUGGAUUACAAAAAGCAUCUAUCACUAACAAUGCUUGUUCAUGUAAUCCUCUGCUAUAAUUUGGUUUGGCAUGUUGCUUUUAUGCUUAACCUUAAUUUGAUGCAACCUAAACAUAAUGGGGGCUUAAAAUAUUAUAUAUUGAGAUUAAAAUAUAUGUUAGUUGGUGAAGAGAAGUGGCAUUGUUAGGUAUUAAUGGCAUGGCUCUAGAGUGAUGGAUGAGACCGUUCUAAUUCCAACUGGAAUUACUUUUGUUUGUGAAUUAUAUAAUUUGUUAAGUUAGGCAGACAUGCAAGAUUUCACAAGUGUGAGAGAAAACUGAAAAAUAAAGUAAUAUUAAAUUAGUAAUACUGAUGAUUAGGGCCUUACUAUAACUAUUCUCAAAAGAUUGUUAUCUUGAUGUUUAAAAAGCAACUUUUCCUUUCUUUCCCUUUGUGAGAUUAGACCAAUGGUUCUAUAAUUUCAUUGUAAGAAUCACCUGGAGAAUUUGUUAAAAAUGCAGAUUCAGGACCAUACUUUCAAUUUUUAUUUAGUAGGUCCUAUAAUAAGGAAUUGCCAUUUAAAGAGUACACCAUGUGGUUCUCAUAUAGAUUCAAGGACUCUAAUUUAGAGCAGCACUAGCUUAGAGAUUUCUCCUCAGUAAGACCAGAAAAUACCUAAUCUGCCUGGGCUCAGGCUACAACAAAGACCUCUAUGAACCUAUAGUUCUGGCCAGAGAAGAGCAGGACUUAAAUUUUAGGCCCUCUGAAUUAAAUCUCUUGUAUUUCACCUAAACCAACUUAAUUUUUCAUAAAUUAAAUUCAGCUCAUAGUGUUCAAGUUUUAUAUAGAAUGAAGUACUAACUAAUUACACGAAAGUGGUGAUUAUGAUGAAAAAAUGAAGUUAAUCCUUAAUUAAAAAAUAGUCAUUCUUAUCCAAUGUUGAAUAAGAAAGUUUCUACCAUAACUAUCUUGAAUGCAUUAAAAAUGUUUUCAGAUUGAUAAAACUGGUAAGCCUCUAACUCACUGACUAGGAAAAUAGAGAAAAUAUAAAUCAACCGUAUCAGAAGAGAAAGAGGAGAUACCAUUGCAGACACUGUAGAUAUUAAAAGGAUCUUUAGAAAAUACUACAACCAACUCUAGGUCCAUAUAUUUAACAACUUGAUGAAACAAAACUCAUUGAGGAAAUAGGCAUUUCUUGUAAGAUACAACUACCAGAGCUCACUGAAGAAAUAGAUAUCCUCCAGAAAAGAAAACUAUAACCACAAAUGAUUUCAAUGGGGAAAUUCUACCUAACACUUAAUGGAAAAAUAAUAUUAAUUCUGUAUAAUCUUUUUUAGGAAAUAGGAGGAAACACUUCCCAACUCAUUUUAUAUACUUAUUACUCUAAUACCAAAAUCAAAGACAUUAUAAGAAAAAAAACACUUUAAAACAAUGUCUCGAUUUGCUAGUAUCUGUUGUGAAGGUAGCCAUUCAUUUUACAAGUAAUGAGAAUUGGUGUAUUUAUUCCUUUUUACCUUUCCAGUUUGUUUCUUUGCUAAUAUAUCCACCCAUAACAAAUUCAUUCUAGAUGAUACCUGUCCACUCACCCGGAUUUCCAUUGGAUUCAAACCAUUUUUUGCUCAUCGAGUACAUUCAUUACUUUGGAAUCACUGCAUUUUAAGAAAGUUUUGUGUAGUUGGAUUGUGCUAGCUACUCUUAAAAUGAUAAGGAAUGCCCCAAAUCGUAUUCUUGCUUGUCUGGAACAAGAAGGCAUUAAAGUAAAUCUUUAUAUUCAUUUUACAUAGGAAUGAUUGACUUCCACUAACCACAUUUCAUUGUAGUAGUUGUAGCUGUUAUGCUAUGUUAAACUUAAAAAGUCCUUUUUAUGCAAAUGACAUUUUCAUUUAAUGUACCAAAUUGUUUAUCUAAUUUUUGUAAUAUGGUUUAAACAGGUCCUUUCUAAGAUGACAUUAUCUAACCUUUACUUAAAAAAUGAACAUGUGUCUAGAUUAUUGCUUAUAAAAACUUUGUAAUUAAAUCAAAUUAUGUAGCAGAUUUCAAGUGACCAUUAUAUGUUACUUUUUAAAUUGGAAAUGAGUAAAUAGAAGGUUCAGUCAUGAAGAGAUGCUUAAAAAACAAAGUACCCAGAAUAGCAGCUAUAAAAUCUUAUUCAUCAUUUAAUUAAUCUUAGUCUUUUUGGAAGACAGACAGAUAUUUUACACUUCUUGGACUUUCAUUUUGGACCAAUUUGUCAUUGCAAAUAAUUAUGCAUUUAAGAAAAACCAAUUUUUGUAUUAGACUUAAUGUACUCUUACAUUUAAGCAAUUGUAUAUACACCCUUGAGUUCCGACUUACCAAAUUAAGUUUUUAUUUAACAGCAUAACCUUUUGUUUUCUUGACAAAAUAUUGAAACUUGUAGUACAUUCAUGUUGCAAAGUUGUUUAUAAUCUUAAUUUUCUCACUGUUUGUUCAUGGCAUAAGUAAAUUAGUGUAAUUAUAUGCAGAGAUAGAAAGUUUAAUAAUAUUAAUACAUGAUUUAGAGUUCAAAAUAAAAUACCAGAAGCUAGAAAUCCUUCAAA